AUGCCUGAAUUUGUCUUUCCCGGGAUGUCGACCGAUAAGACACCCGGGGAGACUUUCACCUCCCAGGCCCCUCCUUCGCCCUCUGACAGUCAGAUUGAUACUUCGAGUGAUAUUGCGGUGGACGCAAACUUUGAGAAAAGAGUCAAACGCAAGGUCGACUUCUGGCUUGUUGGUUUCUACUCGACCGUGUAUGUUUUUCGGGUUAUCGAUUCAUCGAAUUAUUCCAAUGCUGCCAUUAUCAAUCUUGAACACGGUACGGGCAUAAAGAAAGAAAUGCAUUUCACACCUGGCAUGUGGGCGUGGACUUUGUCUAUCUUCUCAUACAGCUAUCUAAUCUUCGAGCCCACAAACACACUGUUAUUAAAGACCUUCCGACCCUCAAGAUGGAUGUUCGUCCUCAUCCUCGCCUGGGGGAUUUGCGCAUGCUCAGCAGCAGCUGUCCAAAGCUUCCAGGGCAUGAUGUGUGUACGAUUCGCUAUUGGCGCAGCUGAGGCUGGUUUUUACCCUGCCGUGCUCUACCAUAUGGAUUUCUUCUACAAACCCAAGGAACUCCCAUGGCGCAUCGCCCUAUUCUACUCGGUCGGUCAGCUUUCAAGCGCACUAAGCGGGUUAUUAGCCUUUGGAAUUUCUUAUAUGGAUGGGCUAGGCAACCUCGCAGGAUGGCGUUGGCUCUUUCUCCUCGAAGGAUUGCCAGCAAUCAUCCUAUCCUUCAUCGCGCUUUUCGGGCUGCCAGAUUACCCUGAAACGGCACGGAUGUUAAAUGAGAAAGAACGAGCUUACAUGGCCGAGAGACUAAGUGUUACUGCGCCAAAAGGGAAGAAAGGCAAUUGGGACUGGUCAUCGCUGAAGAUCUUUCUGCGUGACCCAAGCACGUACACUUUUACAGUUUACUGGCUCGCACAUGGUAUCGGGGGCUUCGGCAUCAAUUACGCGCUACCGACCGUAAUUUAUCAGCUUGGCUUCACGACGACAGCCAAGUCGCAGUUGAUGAACAUCCCCCCCUACGUCUCGUGCUUCAUCUUGCUCAAUACGCUAGGUCGACUUCUGCAUAAGAAAUGGAUUCGUCCAUGGACAACCGCUGUCUCAAUUGAGGGCACCACCGUCAUAUGCUACAUCAUCCUCAUCACCGUGCACAGCCCUGUGGUAAAGUACCUGGCACUCAUUGUCGCUGUAUCUUGCGCUGGCUCUGCAUAUCCAGUCAUAUGGCCUGAACGUAUCCGCGCCCUCGAAGGUACUGUUGGAGCUGGCAUUGGAAUUGGCUGGACAAAUGCCAUGGCUCAAUUUGGAGGCAUCGUCGGACCUCACGUCUACAGCACAGUUAUUAGAACUUAA